AAAAAUGGUAUCAUCUUUACAUCUCCUCCCUCAAUUAUCUUCCCUCCACAACCCUAAAUCCACCUUCAAUUCAUCACAAACCCUAGCUUUCAACAACACCCAUCAUAAACCCAUUCUCAAAACCCCCAAAUUUCUAGGUUUUAGCAAUUUCCCAACCCCUAAAACUCGUUCUGGCAACCUAAUUUGCCAUGGAAUUAAAGACCCAGCUAAGGAAACGAAGGUAGCUUUGGAUUUGGAAGGCGGCGGUGGCGGCGGUGGUGGAGACGGCGGAGGAGACGGCGGAGAUGGGAAUGGAGAGAAGAAAGGUGGGUUUUUACCAGAUUGGGUUGAUUUCACUUCCGAUGAUGCGAAAACCGUUUUCGCUGCUCUUGCAGUUUCACUUGCGUUUCGAUCGUUUAUAGCUGAACCAAGAUUCAUUCCUUCAUUAUCUAUGUAUCCUACAUUUGAUGUAGGUGAUAGAAUCGUGGCUGAAAAGGUUAGUUACUAUUUUCGAAAGCCGUGCCCGAAUGAUAUCGUGAUUUUUAAAAGCCCUCCGGUCCUCCAAGAGGUAGGAUACACCGAUGAUGACGUCUUCAUCAAACGAAUUGUCGCAAAGGCCGGAGAUUUGGUGGAGGUACACGAUGGGAAACUAAUAGUAAACGGGGUGGUCAGAAACGAGGACUUCACUUUCGAAGCGCCCAAAUACGAAAUGAAUCCAGUUAGAGUACCCGAAAAUUCCGUUUUUGUGAUGGGAGACAACCGUAACAACAGCUACGAUUCACACGUAUGGGGACCUCUACCUUCGAAAAACAUAAUCGGGAGAUCGGUAUUGCGGUAUUGGCCGCCAGCGAGGAUCGGGGGCACGAUUCUGCCGGCGGGUUGUGCCAUCGACAAGGCGGAGAACAUCAGCAGUGGUUUAGAAUCUCAACAGGAUUCCAGUAGUUCUUUAGCAUCUCAAUAGAGGCUGCAUCUGGGAUACCAUUUUUCCUUUUGAUUUGUAAACAGGUUCUCAAAUAACUCAUAAGUUCAUAUCUAUUUGCUGCAAAAAAUGUAUUAUUUUGUGCUUAUCUGUGUUGUAGCCAUGGAGGUUCACAUGCGAUGACUUCUGGCCAAUCGUGGUCGUCUGGAGGUGUGAGACAUGAAAAUUUUGGAACUUGUAUUCACAUGCGAUGACUCCUGGCCACUAGUUCAUACUUGUAUUCAUAUGAUUGGUGGAUAUGCAUGAGACAUGAAAAUUUUGCAUGAAAAA